ACACUAUCUAUAAAAGUGCGUGUGGUCCUACGUGACCACCUCCUUCGUAUCCAAUCCUGAACAGAAGAAAUCCGUUCGUGUCAGAAACUCUGCAAAAUGAAGACUGCUCUGUUUUUCCUGGCUUUCAUUGCUGUGGCUGCGGCCCAGUUCUGGCACCCUUUGGCCCCAUGCGCAGGCGACCAUGAGUGCCCAAUGAUGGGAUACUGCUGCCGUUACAACAAUGUUAUCUUCCAGAAUCUCUGUGAGCUGAGGCCCCAGCAGGGCUGGCCAUGUGACGUCACUGGAGUGACCAGCUGCCCCUGUACCGACGGGCUCGUCUGCAAGCUGAUGGCGGGAAGCAUGACGCAGGCCACCUGCCAACUGGAAGUUGAGGCUUAAGACCAUCGAAAGACUAGAUAUUUGAAGUACUCAUGAAGUGAUGAUGAACUAUAACUUUGCUGUUGUUUGAAAUGUCCAGUUGCCAGUAUGCUUCGGUUAUCACUAAACGACUGACCGCCAUAUUGGUCUGUGAGGUGAUUUUAAAGGACAGCGAAGUUACCAGCUUUCAUCAUCACGAGUUGUUUCAUGUAUCUCUGGUGUGACUAUUGCAGGAAACCAUCUGAAAAUAAAGCAGUACGAAUGUACA